CAUAGGCUUAGUCAAUAAUCAAUACAAUUAUAGAAUAUACACUUCCGCCUUCACCUCGCUGCUUGUGUUCUCACUUCUCCUUCACAAAUAUCACACCAUUUUCUGAGCUCAGAUCGCUAAAAAUUCUCAGCGUCUCUACCUGCAGGCUAAAAGAAGCAGAAAUCGUUGAGUGGUUGAAGAAAUGGGAUGCAUAACUUCGAAGGCGAUUACGCGAUCGAUGAGUAUUAGAGAAGAGCUGAGGCAUGGCUUCCAAAGCAGAUCCGCAGCUUGGGAUGAAUUACUAGCAUCACACAUCGCCAACACCAACACCACCACUUUCACUCCACCAUCAAUUGAUGUUGCAGAUCAUCCUCCCCCUACCAAUGCAGAUCUAUUCACACGCUCCAAAAGCUGCCACACGCUGCGAGAGGACGUGCCGGACUUCAGAGACGGGAAGAGGAGCCUGAGCUUCCACACAGUGGAGGAGUACGACGCGUUGCUUGAGCGCAUUCGAGCUCAAGAUAGCUCCCCGUGGGAUGAUGUUGAGUUGCAGGGAUUGGCCGAGGAUGAGGAUGAGAGGUGUGAUGUCGAUUUUGCUGAGGCAGAAACAGGGUGGAAAAGGAAGGCGGUGGCGAGAGGGCUUAAAUCGCUGGAUGUGUCGUCGGGAGAAGUCCCAGCCGUUUCGAGGCUGAGACGGAAAAUGGUUGAGCAACCCCAGAUUUACUCUCCUGGGAGUUAUGUUACACCCAAAUUUGGGAGCUACAAUGCUCCUGCCAAUGCCAUGCCACGAGACGACACGAAACAAGAUGCGGCUGUGUUCAGUCCCGAGCUGCUUGCUGCUUUCGAAGAUUGUAUGCAGCAGCUGCAGGUGGAAGAAGACACCAUUCUCAAACAAAUAUUGGUUGAUCAUUCAUUUGAGAAUGAAAUCAAACAUGUACAACACAAUCCACUUGUAGAGUCCUAGAUUCAAAUUUUGAGACUUCAAGAGUUGACAUAUUCAAAUUAUCAGAAUUCUUCACAUUCAUAUCA